ACCGGUACGUGCGGGUUAUAAAAAUAUAUUCGCGUCCUAUCUCGAAAUCAUUCGAAAUUGUAACGUCAAAAGGAAUCGUGAGACAUUCGAAACAUCAACACAAUUCAACAGGAACUACAAAACAGUUUACGGAACACUCCGAUACUGAAGAUCGACUCGCCAUAUAUUUUUAUGACCAUGGAGAACACGAUGACGGAAUUCGAGGAAAGUGUAUCGUUCGACAUCGAUGAUCCAGACUUCGCCCCUUCGAAUUCCCGCGCUAUUGCUCACAAUGUUCUUCGUAGCGUACAAUUUGCCGACAUUGCAUUCGGUAUCAACAAAUUCGUAAAUCGUCAAAACAACAUGUCCGUUACCACAUCCGUGCAACUCGCCACCGAAAGUCUGUCUCGCCACGGGAGCAACAUCUCUCUGUCCUGUCAUAGUUUGUGCGGGAGCUUUGACGAUGGCCUCCAAGGAUCGCAUCCUCAAUACCAGGACACGAUCCUUACUAUCGAGGAACUUCGUGCGCAACUGAACUCUUGCUUCACAUGUGGGGUUUCGUGGAGCGAAGAACACGUAUCCCUCGACUGCAGCGAGUGCGGUGGCUAUUCCCUUCAACGGCCGUGCCCACUUUGCGACGGACGUUGCCACACCGUGUGGAAACGCGACCUUACCAUGUCCCACGCUAGUGGUAAAGCAAGAUGGAUCGGUGAAUGCGGGCUUAGCUGUGGCCCCUCCCUCGAGGAGUCGCUGGUACCAGCGUUGGAAAAGUUGCGAGCCACCUCGUGAACGGUGCUCGGCGACGAAUGCAUAGAGAGACGUCGUGUACCGUCACUCAGCACAAGACUUAAUCCAUCACCAUCCAUCUAGUAUCACCCCACCACCAUCGUGCGAGUCGGAAACGUGUGAAUGUGGAUUCUGGUUGCAUAGAUGAUACAUUAUGUUCCUGAGCAGGAGAGAACGGAAAUAUGAACAGACAACCCAACUCAAAUGAAAUCGUUCAUCAUCUCCCACAGCUUCCUCUUUUCGACGGUGCAUCGCCGCAAAACACGCUCGAUUAUUGGCAGAAUCUUUCCUCAAGAGCUGAAACCAAACCAUCGGCACUGCCCUGUGUUCAUCAUUAUCGCUGCCCUCGAUUAGAGGGACGAGUUAUAUACCGCGUGAAUCACUGGGGCUGUUCGCGAUGUUAUAGCUUCUUGGUAGAUUGUAUUUGCGGCAUGUUGGGUGCGAUGCGUUGAAUGCCCCUUGUACAUUGUAAAUCUCGAAUUAUAUUUGGUUUGGAGCGUACAAAUCUCUGUAUAUGUAUAUGUAUAUGUAUAUGUAUAUAUAUAUACUCACGCAAUCUGAUUUCUAAAGUAAUUCUCUGCGAGAAGUACAAUUGAUUAAAUAGUGAUUUCGAGUUUCGAAUAGCUGGAUAAAUUUUGUAGAACCGUAUUCUUUUUAGAGAAAUUAAAUUUUAUUUGGUCACGUUUCGUUGAUACUGGGUAUUGCGUACCAAUAAAUUGUUAACAAAAUUUUUUACAGACUUUUAAUCGGAACAGUCUAGAUUUCGUAAAUAUACAGCAGAGAUGGGAAUCAUUUUCUUUUCAAAUAAAAAGUAAUGAAUAAAAGCAACCUACAGAGAUUUAUUUAGGUUUAUUCGUCGUUCUUUAAAUUUUUCUUCAUUGUAAAAUAUUUAACGGAUAUUAAUAGUUGUUGAUCUUUUGUUCGUUAAUCGACAUUUUCAUAUGCAUACGAAUUUCUCCCAUCUCUGGUAUAUAUAACUGUAUACGUAUUUGUCACCAUCUGUUUACUGUUGUGUUUUGACAAAAGUAACGAAAGAGUACUUGCACACGCAAUGAAAUGCAGUGCGUGAAAAAUAGCUUAAAAAAUAUAUGUCACCAUGUUCAGUGGCUCUGUAAUAGAUCCAUUCUUCAAUUUUUAACUUAUAAUAAAAGAACAUUACAUUUUACACCUUCUUUUGGUUGCAUAACUUUGGUCUCGAAAUGUUCAGUAACGUUCGAGUUUUAAGUAAUAUUUUACGCGGUUAAAAAAGAAACACGGAACGGUUGUUAUUGUUUUAUUAGAUCAAAUGAUGCAAAUGAUUGAUGGAAAUGAAUUUGAGCAACAUAAAUUUGAGAUAGAGCAACGUAUACAAUUAUUGAUAUGGUGAACAUAACAAUUCCAUCAAAAUUAAGAGCUAACUUUUCACUUUAAAGACCGAAGGAAUGUAUCUUUCAAGAAUAAUAUUCAUUGCAAUCGAGUCUUAGACUGAUAAUAGGUGAAAUUUGUAACAGAAAAAUGUUUAUCGUUGAUAAAGCAAAACGUACCGAGUUUACGAUAAAAAUAUAAUGUAAUCCAAUAUCAGUUGUAAAUGACAAGCUGUACAAAAUGUCUACGAUUGCAUUUGGAAAAGUUGGUGCUAAGUGCCAAGAGACACGAAAUUAGCCUAAGAAGUGGAACUGGGGGAAAUAUCAGUCAAAGUAGAAGCUAGUAAAUAUAAAUUAAAACUUCUUUUUACGAGUUAUCGAUACUACGACUGCGUUAACAAUUACGAUUUUCAAAAAUCGUGUCGGCAGUAAUUUCACUAGCACACACGAUUUUGAACUCAUUCGUAGAAAAUAAUUAAAAAUGCGUAAAGCGCUUUUUACUAUUUUUUUUUCUUUUAAUUUUUUUCCGGUUAAUGCGAUUCUUCUCAGUUUUAUGUGAGAACAUGUUACGUAGCCUACACACACCUAAGUGAAAUCAAUUUAAAAGCAAGCAUUUAUGUUGGUGCCAAUCAGUUUUCGAAUUUGUACUACUUUUUUUAACGUAAUAACCAGACGCGUGUAUUUGUUUUCAUGAACAAUUAUACAUUCGUGCACGAUUCAUUUGAACACAAACGUAUUCUUUUGGUCGUAUAAUGUUUCGUAUGUGAGAACAUGUUCAUCAGAUUCAUGCUCAUGUAAAUUAAACUGUAACUUGUAAACAUUUUCUGAAGUAUUAGCUCAGGCGACGAGCUUUAAUUUAAUGCUUUAGAAAAUACCUUUGGUAGCAAUUUUUAUUUAAUCCGUAAAAUUCUUAUUUAUGACCAGAACAUAAAAAUUAUGGGUUUAAUAAACGAUAUUCGUCAGAAA